AUGAUUCUGCCAGCUCGGGCACCAUGGAUGGAACGGCAGCUUCCGGGGCAGAUGCAGCUGUCUCCUGCCGGCCUCCCCGCAGACAAAUUUUCACGCGCACGCGAGGAGAGGAUGCAUGAGGCGAGGCUGCCAACGCCCAGGCUCAGUGAUGAGUCGUUGCAGGAAAGGCUGCGAAGCCUGGAGAUAGAGUGUCAGCAGCUGCGCGACAGCAACUCCCGGCUGGAGCUGGAGAACUCCAAGCUGAAGCUGCAAGUGAGCUCUUCGCAGGGAGGGCAACCCAGUUCGGAACCACACGGAUUGCCAAGCCUCCUGCACGGCUCCAUCUCUGCGGCAGGGACGCAGCGCCAAGUCCUGCGAAGCCGCAUGCGGGCCAUGCUGGAGGAGCAAAGGCGACUGGUACAUGAACUCCAACUUGAGAUUGCUGAGGAGAUGAGCCUUCAGCCUCGUCCCACGGAGGCAGAACCCCGACAGCCGAUGCCGCUUGCAUCUGCCAGAAGCGGCCCCGGCACGUGGGCCUCUGCGCACACCGCACCGCAAGACCUUAGUGAACCCCAAGAAGUUGUAGCACCACCAGAGGAGGACCCGUCUUGGCCCACUCUAUCCCAGCCGUGGCCGUCGUCGAGACUGCCGGAAAACGAAUUGCCUACGAGAACGAGCGCCGGUGGCCGCUACAUGCAGUCUGCAGCUGACGAGUUAAAUGCGCCAAGUGAAGCGGCAGCACCACCAGAGGAGGACUCGCCGAGGCCAGUGCUUGCCUGGAGGCCGGCCGCCACGAUGCCAAGCAGAAUGGGCGACCGUGGCAGCGGCAGACCUCUCACUGCAUCAGCUCGCACGGCUCCAGUGAAACUGCCUUCGGGCUACAUGCGCUCUGCACCAGACGAGUUGCACUCGCCCUGGGAAGCGGCGGCACCGCCUGAGGAGCCGUCGGUUGUUCCGCCAAUCUACGGGCGCGAAGGAUCAGCUCGUCAACCUCGGCUUACACGGGGCAGCGUGUCUGGCUCCAACGUUGCCCCGGUUGAAGCGCCGCCGGAGGACGAGGACCCACCCAUGCUGCUUGGCCGAACAGAACCGACACAUCGCUCAUUACUUCUAAAUGCUGUUUCAUUGCACGCAUGCAUCUGUAACAACCUGCGCCCUCAACUUUGCGGCAGAUCGCGUGCGAGAUGGCAUUGUCCACGAAAUGCUACGGCUUGGGUUUUCGGGCCUGGCUGCUUUGCACGCCCCGCCUGGGACACUGUUGUAGUUGCGCCGACACGGUCGGAGCAUUCGAGAAAGCCGACCUCAAGUCUCUGUGUGUGCGUUUUUUGUAGUGACUGGUUGAUUUGGAUGGUUCGUCGCUGCAAACUUGGGGCAUGGCCGCCGGCUUGUGUAGCCUAG